UCCGCCAUUAGAGCACUUCGCGCUUCUUCUCCGAGCUCGAAACAUGAGGUCUUUCUCGGCCGACAUUGCGCUUUUUGUGCUAUUUUUAUCCCUUAUUCUCUUGGGUUCUCACUCUGAUGGGUCUCAAUCGAGUGUCAAGCUUCCAUGGAACCUCCGGGAUGAUUCCACGGACUGCAGCGACGAAGACAAAGCUGGGACGAAAUGGGCUGUCUUGGUCGCCGGUUCAAGGGGAUAUCUCAAUUAUCGCCAUCAGGCUGAUGUCUGCCAUGCAUACCAAAUCUUGAAAAAGGGUGGACUCAAAGAUGAAAAUAUCAUCGUCUUCAUGUAUGAUGAUAUUGCUCACAAUAAGGAGAACCCCAGGCGUGGAAUCAUAAUCAAUAAACCCGAAGGUGAUGAUGUAUAUGCGGGAGUCCCCAAGGACUAUACUGGAGAUCAUGUCAAUGCUGGUAACUUUUAUGCUGUUCUACUUGGAAAUAAAUCUGCCUUAACUGGUGGGAGUGGAAAAGUUGUAGACAGUGGCCCUGAUGAUCAUAUUUUUGUUUACUACACUGAUCAUGGUGGUCUGGGUUCUCUCGAGAUGCCGACUAGUCGUUCUGUUUAUGCCGAUGAGCUGAUGGCUGUGCUAAAGGAAAAACAUGCAUCUGGUUCCUUCAAAAGUCUGGUGUUCUAUCUUGAAGCUUGUGAAUCAGGGAGUAUCUUUGAAGGUCUUCUUCCAAAAAAUAUAGGCAUAUACGCAACCACGGCAUCUAAUGCUCUGGAGGAUAGUUUUGCAACUUACUGUGAUGUAGGUGGAUACAAUACUUGUCUUGGGGAUUUAUACAGCGUUUCCUGGAUGGAAGAUAGUGAUGAACAUAAUCUGAAUUCUGAAACUCUUGAACAGCAGUACAAAGUGGUCAAGAAAAGAACAUUGCCCAAGAAUGGUUCUGAUGAUGGUUCACAUGUUAUGCGAUAUGGAGAUCUUCAUCUCAGCAAGGACGUUCUUUCCUUGUAUUUCGGAUCAAAGCGUGCUAAUGAUUCAGAAACUUCAAUUCAUAAUAAUCCAUUUCCCUUAAUCUCAAAAUCUGUCAACCAGAGGGAUGCUGAUCUUAAUCAGCUCUGGCAUAAGUUUCAAAUGUCACCAGAAGGCAGCACAGAGAAGCUUGAAGUUCAGAAACAGUUGGUUGAUAUAAUGUCUUAUCGCUUGCAUAUAGAUAACAGCAUAGAACUCAUCGGACGGCUCCUCUUCGGGUCUGAGAAAGGUUUGAAAAUGCUCAAAAUUGUGCAACCAAGUGGACAACCUUUGGUAGAUGAUUGGGAUUGCCUUAAGUCAAUGGUGCGAACUUUUGAAACACAUUGUGGAUCACUGUCUCAAUACGGAAUGAAACACAUGCGCGCCUUUGCAAACAUCUGCAAUGCAGGCAUAAGAACUGAAACAAUGACUGAAGUGGCAGCUCAAGCUUGCAUUGCUUUCCUGGAUAACCCCUGGAGUUCUAUUCACCGAGGCUUCAGCGCAUGACAUCGAAUCAAGACACUAUUUUCUUCACAUAAAUACGACGCAGAAUAACAGUACCAAA